AUGAGUGAGUCCGUUCGAGUUGCUGUUAUUGGGGCUGGGAUCAGUGGAGUGGUUACUGCUGGGCAUCUUCUGGCAGCUGGAAUUCAGGUGACGGUGUUUGAGAGGAACAAUGCAACUGGUGGAGUUUGGAUUUAUGAUAAGCGUACUCCGAUUGAAGCCCAGUACCCAUCGCCAAGACCGUCUGCUUCACAGGAAUAUGUGAAGGAUGAGAGGGAAGGGAAUGAAAGAAAGGUCUUGCUUCAUGCGCCUCCGGGGCCUUGUUAUGAAAGUCUCACCAAUAAUGUCUCGACACCCUUACUACGGACCAAACUCAACGCAUGGCCAGAAGGAACUGCUCCUUUUGUGAAGCAUAAUGUGCUCAAGGAAUACAUCCAAGACACGUCGAAGAAGGCCGGUGUUGAUGAUAUAACCAAGUUUGGCGCCCGAGUGACCCGCGUCCAUAAGGAUGGACCAAAAUGGACGGUUCACUGGAGCACUUUGAGCGAAGGCCAAGAUCCCACCGAGAAGGAGGAGUCUGCAACGUUUGACUCGGUGAUUGUUGCCUCGGGCCAUUACCAUACGCCUCUCGUCCCGAAUAUACGGGGUCUACCAGAGGCAAAAGCCCAAUGGCCGGAGAGGAUCUUCCAUUCAAAGUCUUUCCGAAGGUCGGAAGGAUUCAAAGGAAAGAAUGUACUUUUGCUCGGUGGAGGUGUCUCUUCUCUCGACAUAGCCACUGAAAUCAGUGGAACCGCACAUCACGUGUACCAAAGCACCCGAAAUGGUGCCUUCGAUCUCCCCGAGAGUGCACUUCCAGAAAACGCAUCAAGAAUCGCCGAGGUCGAAGCAUUCGAACCUUCUACAUCGACAUCCGCGAACACCGAGCACUUGCCCUUAACCGUACAUCUCAAAUCCGGGGAGACCUUGCACGGUAUAGACACAAUUAUUCUUUGCACAGGAUAUCAAAUGGCACUUCCAUUCCUCGACGAAUAUAAUGAUUACACUUCGUCUGCGGCCGAGGCAAAUGAUACCGUGCUCGUCACAGAUGGCACUCAAGUCCACAACUUGCAUCAAGACAUCUUCUACAUCCCAGAUCCCACGCUGGCGUUUGUCGGCAUUCCAUUCUACACCGCGACCUUCUCUCUAUUCGAGUUCCAAGCUAUCGCCGUGACAGCCUUCCUGUCUGGAGUUGCGCAGCUUCCAUCUACUGCGAGUCUCCGGACGGAAUAUGAGAAUCGGGUUAAAGAGAAGGGACUUGGACGGAGCUUCCACUCACUCAAGGAUAAAGAGCAACCGUAUGUCGAGGAAUUGAUCAAAUGGGUUAAUACUGGAAGAGCUGAGCGUGGUUUGCCUUUGAUUGAGGGUCAUACUGAGAGCUGGAUUACAGAGAGAGCGGCUUUGACCGAGAGACUUAAGUUGAUUCUGGCAGGAAAGCUUCCUAGGGCGGAUAUUCUCAAAAGCCCAUUGGAGGUGGGGGUUACUGCAUGA